GUAUUUGGAUUUGACUCAGUUUUUUUUACCACCUACUUGAAAAGCUAUAUUUGAAGGAGUAAUCAAAAUAAAAUCUGACGAGAAUCCCUCACAAACAAACAAACUGUAAAAGCCCAAACGCAAAACUUCAACAAAUUGUUGAACAUUCCAAUCUGGCCUUCAAACUCAAAGAGGAAGCUUCUUCUAUAUAUGGAUCAGUUUCUGAGAUUUUGGCCUCUAUUUUCUUGUCCGGGGCAACAAAUGUAGUUGGAAAGUAAUUGGUAGUGUUGAUGAGCUGCUAGGAGAAAUGGUGAUGGCUCCAACUGUCAAAGUGGUUCUUGGCUCAAUCGCGUUUGCCCUCUUUUGGGUGUUAGCGGUUUUCCCCGCAGUCCCAUUUCUGCCCAUCGGAAGGACCGCUGGGUCUCUACUCGGGGCUAUGCUUAUGGUUCUUUUUCAAGUCUUGACUCCGAAUCAAGCAUACGCUGCCAUUGAUCUUCCCAUUUUGGGUCUUCUCUUUGGGACAAUGGUUGUCAGUGUGUAUCUUGAAAAGGCAGAUAUGUUUAAGUAUCUUGGGAAACUAUUGGCAUGGAAAAGCAGAGGACCCAAGGAUUUGCUCUGCAGAAUCUGCUUCAUAUCUGCCCUUUCCAGUGCUCUAUUUACCAACGACACGGCUUGUGUCGUUUUGACAGAGUUUGUGCUGAAAAUCGCCAGGCAACAAAACCUCCCGCCCCGCCCCUUCCUACUAGCUCUUGUUUCAAGUGCAAACAUUGGGUCUUCCGCGUCUCCGAUUGGGAAUCCCCAGAAUUUGGUCAUAGCGAUGAAGAGCAAUAUACCCUUUGGCAAGUUUUUCCUUGGGAUCUUCCCCGCAAUGCUCGUGGGCAUUUUGGUCAAUGCCUUUCUACUUUUGUGCAUGUAUUGGAAGCUAUUGUCGUCGGUUCAGAAAGACAAAGACGAAGAAGAAGACAACUUUACAAGUGAAGUGGUGACAGAAGAAGAAGUGGUAUCUCACCGUUUCUCCCCCGCGACUAUGUCACAUCCAAAUCUCAACGACCACACGAACCGUUCCGAGACUCUUAGGAACCGGUGCAGUGUGAGUGAGGGUGAGAUUGAGGGGAUUGCUUCUCCCCAAAGCUCGAAUGCUUCGCGGGAGGCAACAAAAGUGCCCUCCUCUUCCAUUGAUGCAAACGAAGAGAAAGUAGAAAACCCGAUGAAAGUAAGGAGAAGGAUGAUGUGGAAAGUGUGUGUCUAUCUCGUUACCAUCGGAAUGCUAAUCUCUUUGCUAGUCGGUUUGAACAUGUCUUGGUCCGCCAUAACAGCAGCACUUGUUCUAAUGGUUCUUGACUUCAAGGAUGCUCGACCGUGCUUGGAAAAGAUAUCAUAUUCGCUUUUGGUAUUCUUUUGUGGGAUGUUCAUCACAAUCGACGGCUUCAACAAGACGGGGCUUCCAAGUGUGGUGUGGGAUUUUAUGGAGCCAUAUGCCAAAAUAGACCACAUUAGUGGAAUAGCCCUUCUCAGCGUUGUCAUACUCACUCUCUCCAAUUUGGCUUCAAAUGUACCCACAGUUUUGCUGUUGGGAGGGAGGGUGGCGGCUUCGGCUGCUGAAAUAUCUCCGGCUAGUGAGAAGAAAGCGUGGCUAAUCUUGGCUUGGGUGAGCACGGUGGCCGGGAACUUGUCACUCUUGGGGUCCGCGGCAAACUUGAUCGUGUGCGAGCAGGCUCGUAGGGCCCAAUAUUUGGGGUACAAUUUGUCAUUCUGGAGCCAUCUCCAAUUUGGCCUUCCCUCUACUCUAAUUGUCACAGCUAUUGGCUUGGCUCUUAUCAGAGGGUGACUCCCCCUUCCCCUUCUCCACAAUCUUGUUGUAAGAUAUGAAAAUAAGUGUUGUAAAUGCUCUUAUAGGUGAAUUGUUCACUUUGAUGUUUCAGAACCUCAUGUUUGCAAGUCCAAUGUAUCACAAAAGGGCAAUGCCUCUAACCCUUUUAUUUUCUUCCCACAAUUACCCAAAGACAUGGGUGUGAGGAGGAAAAAGAAUAUGUGAGGCAGAGUAGAAUUGUGCAUAUUAUAGUGGUAUUAAGACUAUUAACUCAUGAGA